AUGGCUUUUAAAGCUACAUACGAAGAAUCAAUCACCUCUCAGAAUAUGAAAUCAGGGUUUCGAGAAACAGGUUUAAUACCAUUUAAUCCUGAAGCUGUACUUUCGAAAUUAGAUAUUCGAAUUCGCACACCUACCCCCCCUCUUUUCAACCUAGAUCAAUGGAUCUCUCAAACCCCUCGCAACCCAACUGAAGCUCUUUCUCAAUCAACUUUAGUGAAAUCUCGAAUAACCCAUCAUCAAUCAAGCUCCCCUACACCUAUAUUCGAGAGUGUACUAGCUCUAGCUAAGGGUAUAGAGAGAUUAGCUCAUGAAAAUACACUUUUGACUGCAGAGAUUCGUAUACUUCGGAAGGCAAAUGAAGCAUUAAGCAAGCGUCGACGCGCGGAAAAAAACCAAUUACGUCAAGGAGGAGUACUCACCGGACAAGAGGCUCUUGAUAUAUUAUCUCAGCAAGAGGUUGAUAUUCAGAUUCAAUGCGACGAGCGUCAAAAAGGGGGGAAUUCUAAUGGGGAAGCAUCUUCUAAUAGAUGUUGUACGUGA